UUCAUUCUUUCUACAUUAACUAACAAAGAUAAUAACUCGAAAUUAUUAAUAUCAAACAGAUUUAUAUUCUCAAUUCGGAAUAUUCCUCAACCAAUCUUCAAUUGAAAUCUUUAAAAUCAACAAUAAUCACAAUCAAGAUGAGCGCCAUUGAAGUUACCCUUUCCUGUCAACGGAGGCAUAAAGUACAAGAAACUAUCAGCUGAUAUUUAGAAGGAACCGAUUAAAUUUAAAAUUUUUGUUGAUCUCUUUAAAUUGAAAUUUUCAAGUGAAUUAUGUCAAUUAACAAACUACCAAACGAGUGUCUCUAUAUGAUUUUGGACCAUUUCAAUGGAUUCGAAGAGUUGAUCCGAUUGUCCAAAGUUUGUUCGAGAUGGUCCGAUUUAAUUACGCUCAGAUUUAAUCGAGUUAAAUAUCUUCAAAUGAUGUCUGGUAGAAAAGUUAAAGUUGAUUAUGGUGCGUACAGUUUGAUGAUGCCCGAUGAUACGUAUAUGAUUAUGUAUGAUGAAGUUGAUUAUAUUGAUGCGAACAGUUUGUGGAUUAAUCCUAAUACGAAUUGGAAUGAUUAUAAUUUAUUCGAAUGGUUUCCGAAUAUUAAGAUUAUAAACACUGCGUCCUUGCGUCCUUAUGAAUCUUACAAUUUACCAGAAAUUGUCAAAAAUAAUCCACAAAUAAAGGGAUUAAUCGGUAUGGAUCACUUACAUGAAGAUGGUUACUUGGAAAAUAUCGAGAUGUGCGAUUCAGAAUUUAAUUUCGAUUAUAAAAAAGUUUUUCGACCUGAUCAGUUAAAACAAGUUCGCUGCUACGAUUUUCAUAUGAAAGAUCUUCCUUCAUUCAUUGAAUAUUUUCCUAAUUUGAAGCGACUCAACUUGCGACUCUAUAAAGGGUCAGGGAAAUGGUGGAAGUCUAAUGUACCGGACGGUGUUUUUUACAAUGGACCAAAUUUGUCUUCGUUAAAGAUUCUUGAAUUGAUUACAGGUGAUUUGGUUAAACAAUUCACCGGAUUUCAUUUCAUGGAUUUUUGUCCCUCUUUGGAAAGCGCUUUCUUCUAUUGUUGGGCAAAGGAUGUUUAUAUAGAUGAAUCGAUAAAGAAUUACAAUCUAAGAGAUUUGAAUAUCGUUAAUUUUCAGUUCGAUAGUUUUUCGUGGCCACUACUUAAAAAACUGGUGUCUAAAUUUCCUAAUGUGCAACAUCUAGCAAUCAGAUAUAUUGCUGAGCUUGUUGUUAGUAAAUUUCAUUUAGAUGAAUUGAUAAAAUUAUUACCAAAGUUGAAGUUAUUGGACUUACGGGUAUCUAAUACAUUCAAAUCGGAUGAUUUUCUGUCCAAAUAUUGUGUCAAAGAGAAUCGACCAAUUGAACUUUAUUACAGUCGCACAAAUGAACCCACCGAAUGGCCUAAAUUGGAUGAGACUGACGAGCCAAUUUGCUAUGGAUUCGAUUUCAUGAAACAUUGUUUCUACAAAACAAGCGACUGUCUUCCAGAUCUCAUUGAUGAAUAAAAACGAUUACUUAAUCACAAGUUUGAUUAUUCACUACAGUAGUGAUUUCACUUAGAGCAACAACGAAUUCAUAGUCUCCCCCUAUCGGGUUAGUGUCAUUAGGCUUGGAAAAGGUAAAAGGUUAGUUCACCUUUUUUAUAAGAAAUUAACCUUUCUGGUUAUGUAGAGAGCGCUGAAAUUUGCUCUUAGUGAGACCACUACUGUAUAAGUUUUGUUAAGUAUCCAUAUGGUAAUUAAAAUAAAUUGGUUAAUCAUAUCACAAUAUAAUUUUC